UUUUUUUUUUGGUCUACGAAGUUACUAGAUCUAUAUAACAGUUUGAUAACCACUGCCACUGCGUAUUUACCCCGUUUAGAUUUAGCUAAUUAACAAAUUAGCAUCGAAGCUCGUGUUUAGUAAGUGUUCUUGGUGCUUAUUCAGUUACUGCUAACCUGGACAGCUUCCGUUUGCCCGGUGAUUGUUUAUCGAAACAUUGAAUGCACCUUGUGCGAUUGUCUGGCUAUAGAAUAUCAACACCAACACAUAGUGACAUAGCAGAUGUUCCUUCAGAGUUGAAAUAAAUGGGCGAAACCUCUUGCAAGAUGACGGGGAUGGCAGUGGACACGUAUGAAUCCUGGACCAUCGAGGCCACCCAAUGGCAAUCCAGCACACAUACCACAUGGCCAGGCAGCUUUUUCAUGUUUUGGAAUAGCUACAAGGCUGCAGAGAUCUGAAGCCAGGGUUUUAUGGCUCUAUAAUAAAAACUAAAAUGUAACUCUUUGAGCUAUUCCAACUUACCUAGAUAACAAUAAGCUGUCAAAUAGUGUACAGGAGACUAACUUUGAAAAUAAAGACCUCUGCUUUAACUUAGGUCAAUCCUUAGCCAAGAUAAAUCAGCAAUAUGCUCCUGCAAAAGGAUAAUACAUUUUUUCAAAAGAAAUAGAAACUAAUGAAGACUGUUGUGAGGAUGGUGCCAAGUUUGAACAAUGACCGCCAUCAUCUUCCCUGUCCUCCAGUUGUGGUCUUAAACUUUAUAUCUAAGAAAAACAAACAGAACCAGACUUUUUUAAUGCUAAAUAACAACCAGGCCAGUACAAUUGUCUACUGAAUAUGUUAGGGACUUGAUGGUAAUGUUUUGAAUCAUUCAGUGUGGAAUCAAAUGUAUCAGUGAUAUUCAAACUAUAAUCCAUAGGCCAUAUUCAGCGAGUGACAGGUCUUAACUGGUCACUUGAAAUUCUCGCUAUGCAGAAUGAAGCAGAAAAGACUUAAUUCAUUGAACACCACAAUUUUGUGUGACCUGUGACACACAUAUUGCACACAUGUGGCCCCUAGAGCAAACAAGAUUCAGCACCAUUGUAAUACAUAAAGUUUGCAAACCAACAUAAAUUCUUUUUUUGGAUCUGAGAACAUUUAAAAGUAUCUGACACUAUUCAACACUUUCUGACAGCCGAAACUUUGCAAAAUACAUGGUUACAAGGAGUGUUCCUUAAAUGUGUGUAUGUUAAAAUAAAAAUUUUUGCUGUCUCGUGUAUUUCAAUGAAGUGUGAUUUAUCAGUAUAUUGUAACAAGUUCUGCGUUUCAACUAUUUUGCUAAAAAAAUUAAAUGUACUUUUUUCCUUUGAAGUUGGACUUUUUUUUUUCCUUUGAGUACAAUACUCAUAAUAAUUUUUAUCAUAAUAAAUCAUUUUGAUAUUUACAUAAUUUAAGCAUUUGUUUGCCUUUAGAUGUAUAAAAGUUAAUUUUGUAAAGAUUUUUUUUUAAACUAAUUAAAUAAUGAUACUUUUGAAUGUUUUUGGUACUAUAAAUGUCUUGUUGUAUAAACUAUAUAAAUAUCUUUUCAAAUAUAUAUGUUUUAUCCUUUUUAGAAAGGCAUGUAUAGGAAUUUUUAAUAAAAUAAAAAUUUAGCCACUUUUGUUGCUAAAAAGCCAAAACUUUAUAACAUUUUUAUUGUAAAGGAAUCACCUACCGAUAUGUCAUUGUCCCGAAAAAAAACUUUUAUCUGGAAACUUUUUUUAAAGAUGUUGCCUGGUCAUGUGAUAUGUGUUCUAGACAUGUAGAGGUCUAGAUGGUCUGUGUUCAAACCCUGCCCGAUUCGAUCAUGUUGUCCUGCAGAAGACCUUCAAAUCUUAAGGAAUAUCUUAAAUGUAAAACUUUUUACAAUACUGGUAAUUGAUAUUUGGAUAUAAUGGACUUUACCAUUGACUAAUAACUAAUGAAGAGUGAUGGGUUUCUAAAUAAUUUUUUUCCCUUUUUCAAAGAAGCAAAGCUCAUCACGUUUCUAUUCCUCUAUAAGAGAAGCUUUGCAAGUUUUUUUCUUUUUUUUUUUAGUGAUAGUGAUCCUUGAAAAUUAAAAAAAAACAACAAAAGUGUUGAUACUGAAGUACCUUUAAAAAUAUAUUCUUUUGUUAGAGUUACUGUUCUUUACUUAGGAUUUAUACUAGACUUUUCAAAACUGGAAAUAGUAAUUAUUAACUUAAUGCCAACAAUAUUAGUCUUUUUAAUUAUAAACCUCUCAAUAAAUAUCACAUAUAUAUGUAAAUAUAUUUAUAUAUUUAAAUAUGUAGUGCUUAUAUGUAAACUAUUACUAGGCAAUGUUUUAGUUAAGAUGUGCAGAUUUCAAGCAAGGAGAGGUACAUCUGACAUGAUAUUUGUCUUGCCUCAAAUGCAGGAAAAAUACAGGUAGCUAAUUUGUAUGCUGACUUUACCGAUCUCACCAAAGCUUUUGAUACAGUGAGUCGGGAUGGCUUGUGGUGGAUUCUAUCUCAGCUCGGAAGCCCUCCAAGAUUCAUUGCUAUUCUGAAGCUACUGUAUACUGGUCAAAAUGGUUAAAUCGGAUAUAAUGGGGACCUGUUAGCUUGUUUCUCUGUAGAGAAUGGUGUGACGCAAGAUUGUGAAGCUUUAGACAGUAAAGGAAUCCAUCCUAGACCUAAAUCAGGCAACUCUACUUCAAUGCCCUGCUGGAGUAAAACAUGGCCAGUUAUCCGGCCAGAGCUGGAAAUGAGCUCCUGUGCAAACUUAGCACUCUUAAAGCUAUUGAUCACAAAGAUCCAUUCUAAAUAUAUAAACUAUGUUAUUCAGAUAUCCCUUAGCGGAAAUGCAAAAAGUCAGCUUUCUCUCCAAUGUUCACUGGACCUGACAGAGAAUCUGGUAUUGAAAUCACUGAAUCCAAAUCUAGUUGCAGCCAAAGUGAGCGAAAGUGUGAAAAAUCUUAUUCAUCUACUAUGCCAUCACAAAAAAACCACUCUAAAAGCACACCCAUAGCCACAGAAUCUACCCAGAAAUACCAGCAGACGUCGACCACUGCAACUAAUGCCAACACCUCAAACACUACUAGACUCAACAAGACUACAAAUCCAACCUAUUCAACUAAUGCUGAUGCCCCAAACACAACCAGACUUAACAAGACUACUGACCCGACCUAUUCAAUUAAUGCCAAAGUUACCCCCACAUUUGUUCCAAACCAGUCUACAGCAGAACCUAAAGGCUCAAUGGAAGAAAAAAUGACUAUGGUCAUUUCUAUUUGCUUAACUAUUUUUAUUGCUGUUGCAUUGGUUUGUACUGGGAUUGUAAUUUAUAUUUGGAAAAGAGGAUUCAAGUUCAGUUCAGGCUCGUCAACAGCUGUUCAAUUGAAUAUUCAAAGCAAUGCUGUGGUCUGCACCUCCAAUGCGACCACCUCCAAUGCUGCUGAAGAAAUAGAGAUAGCGAACAGUACAGAAGAAAACCAUGUUUAUGACUCAGUAAUAUAUACAGGAUAUCAGACCUUCCAGCCCAAGACUUCAGACGACCUAACUGAAACGAUUAAUUCAAAUGCUUCAAGUAUUUCCGACCUAAGUAUCCAGCCUGAAACAUCGGAGAGCCUAACUGAAAGUAUCCUAACCAGUAUUGCUGACCAAACUUUCCAGCCCAAGACUUCAGAGAGUCAAACUGCAACUGUUAGUCAAACCUCUACCUGUGCUGCUGACCAAACUCCAUGAGAUGGACAGUUGUUUUGAAGGGACUCAGUUGAGUUGCAGCUUUUCUGAAAUGUUACUUGUGAAUUGCAUAAUCAAACUAUUUACUGAGGAUAUAAAGUACUCAAGUUAUUACCUGGAUGUAACACUUGUUAUUUACCUAAAAUUAGGACAAACUAUUUGUUGCAAUUAAAUUUUGAAACAGUU